GUUCGUAUAAAAAUAAACAGCACAGUUUUAUUUUUCGUUUAAAUGAUUUAAUAAUAUGACAAAGCAAGUAAGUCACCGACCACUCUUUUCAUUACAUUACUUCUUCAAAUUUCAUUCACGUUCCAAAGAUCCAAAAAUGGAAUCUGAUCUUGUCUCCGAGCAUCCUCCCUUCAUCAGGAUUUACAAAGACGGUCGCAUCGAGCGUCUCACCGGCACCGAAAUCAUUCCAACAUCACUAGACAAAACAAACGACGUCGUUUCAAAAGACGUACUAUACUCACCGGAGCAUAACCUCUCCGUCCGUCUCUUCCUCCCUCACAAAGCCACCGCCGGUACCAACAACAAGAAACUACCUAUUCUCAUCUACAUCCACGGCGGAGCUUGGAUCAUCGAGUCACCUUUCUCUCCCAUCUACCACAACUACGUAGCCGACGUCGUCAAAUCUGCUAACUGCCUCGCCGUAUCGAUCCAGUACCGCCGCGCGCCGGAGCAUCCGGUUCCGGCGUCGUAUGAGGAUUCAUGGUCUGCGAUUGAGUGGAUUUUCUCACACUCCGAUGGAUCUGGUCCUGAAGAUUGGAUCAACAAACACGCCGACUUCGGUAGAGUUUUCAUCGGCGGAGACAGCGCCGGCGCUAACAUGACUCAUCACAUGGCGAUGAGAGCCGGUAAGGAGAAGCUUGAUCCCAAGAUCAAAGGUAUUGUGGUUGUUCAUCCGGCUUUCUGGGGAACAGAUCCGGUCGACGAGCACGAUGUGCAAGACAGAGAGAUGAGAAGCGGAAUCGCUGAACUCUGGGAGAAGGUCGUGAGCCCUAACAGUGUUAAUGGGACGGAUGAUCCGUUGUUUAACGUGGUUGGAUCCGACUCGGAUCUUUCCGGGUUGGGAUGUGAGAAGGUUUUAGUUGCGGUGGCGGGGAAAGAUGUUUUUGUGCGGCAAGGUUUGGGGUACGCGGCGAAGCUAAAGAAGAGUGGGUGGAAAGGAGACGUGGAAGUUGUUGAGGAAGAAGAGGAGGGACAUGUGUUUCAUCUCCAAAACCCUCAUUCUGAGAAUGCUUCCAAGUUCUUCGAGAGAUUUGUCAAGUUUAUAACCACUCGUUGAACAAUGUUCUUGAUGAUGAUGUUGAUUAUUAAAUAUUCUUCCUUCGCCACAAAUUAUGAUCCUUUUCUGAGUUCAAAGGCAACAAAAACGGUGGCUUUAUGGUCUUGACCAAGUACAUAGCUGUCUUCGGCAAACUGCUCCGGUUGUGACCAGGAAAGAAGGAGGAGAGAAGAAGGCGGCAGGAGGGAGAAAGUACGGUGUCCUUUGUGCUUUCCAUUCCCAGCUUUUAUUCGAGAAGAUUUUGGAAUAUGAGAAAUCUGGUGGUGAUGAGGAGAGGGUGAAGCAAAAGGCAAUCGAAUAUGCAGACAAUACAUUGGCCUGAGAUAUUUUUGUACCAGACGACAACGUUAUUUAAAGAAGGAAAGAAGAAAUAAUCUAAACAAUAUUGGGAAGUACUGAGGAGGAGGAGCACCCAACGGCAUGUCGUUGAUCUUGAUACAUCUUUUUCUCUGCUAUGUUCUUAUCUGAGGUUUUGUCCUUUGUUGAUAAAGAGACCUCUACGGCUCUACUUGUAUUCGUUUUGAAAUGGAACAAAAAUAGGAUCAUUGACGGUAAUGAUGAUAAUGAAGGAGGUUUAGGAGAUAAAAGGCAUGUUCUCUCAUGGACUAAUCUUUGAUCUUAUUGAUUAAACUUAAAAUAUAACUUUGUUGUUUGUUUGA